AGCUCCUGUUCAGCACCAGAAUAACCUCAUCGCUAUGCCGAAGCGUCCAAGAGAGGACGUUGAUGACUUGUCUCGUCCAGCCAAACGAUCGAGGUUCUCGUCUUUUGAUAAGAUCUCGCCCCUUAGUGAUGAACUACUGCUUAGGAUAUUCUCGAAUCUGCCUAUCUCGACCUUAGCCCUCUGUCAAAGAAUAUCGCAUAGAUUCUAUGACAUUGCUGGAGAUUCGCAGCUCUGGAAAUCUGCGUACUAUACUCGCUUCGUUCGCCCCAGAGCUUCGCGGAUACCUGGCAUUCGCGACCAUGGGUCAACAGCUGGCAGCCUCCAGUAUUCAUCCAAGGUUUCUAGAUGGCUUGACGACCAUGAGCUAGUGAAAAGUGGCUCGCAAACAAAUUGGAAGAGGCAGUAUAAACUGCGGCAUAAUUGGUCACGGGGCAGCUGCGACGUUAGAGAAAUCCAGGUUGCGGAACGACCUUGCGCUCCGCCUCUGUUGGUUCGCCUCCAUCAAGGCAUCGUUUUUACAGUUGAUCUUACAUGUGGAUUACGCGCGUGGACAGUGAAAGGAAAUCACAAGCUUCUGGCAAUAGUGGCAUUGAGGAGAGGUACGCCGGACGGUCCAGGCAACAUUGCACCCACCUCCAUGGGAGUGGAUGUACAGGACUCUAAUCCGGAUCUUGUCAAUGUCGCCAUUGGGUUUGAAGAUGGCCAAUUUUCCAUUUAUGCGCUUAAAAAGUCGGCUGGCAAAUUCAUCCAUCGAUUUUCUCAUGCCCCUUCCUCAGCUGGCAUGAUAUCUGCCAUCGCUUUUGCCGCACCAUAUCUCCUUGCCAUGACUGAGGGCCAACUGCUUUCGCUCUAUAGAUUCUCACUUGACUCCGCUCAGCAACCGGAGUUGCGCAUGGAGGCCCCGCAUCUUCUUUGCUCUUUGCAGUCUCACACAGUUUGGCCUCCUCUGUCACUAUCGCUUCGGCCUUCAUCGCAAAAUAUCCUAGCCUCCAUAGCUUACGCGCUGCCUACUUAUCCCUCGGGCUGGUCUGUGGGUUUGCAGGAGCUACGGCUUACUCUUGAUGGCGAAAUCAAGGAAUCUAGGAUUGCUUCAGCAGUAGAGCAAGGAUUCCAGUCGUUGUCCAUGUCGUCGGCAGCGGCGAGUUUCUCGUCUACUUUGACAGACCAAAUGCCAUCAAAGCCGACAUCGCUUUCUUAUUCCCACCCUUAUCUCCUUGCGUCCCGUCCUGACAACACAUUGACCUUAUAUUUGGUCACUUCGACAAUGGAUUCUCUGUCCAUUGGCUCUGGCACCCGGCUCUGGGGUCAUACGUCAUCAGUGUCUAGUGCCCACGUAGGCGGCCGAGGCAAAGCUGUCUCGGUCAGUUCGCGCGGGGAUGACCUCCGCAUCUGGGAGCUAGAGGGUGGGACGGCUUCUGCUUCAAUGAGGCGACGACUGGCCACCGGUGAGAUGAGCAUCCGCAUCAGACCUGAUACUGCCAAUGGCAUAGCUAUUUCGGGAGAAACUCCUCUACGAGGCCAAACAUAUGCGCGCCAAUUUGAGCUCAGGCAUCUGGUGGGUUGUGGAGCAGAAGAUGCUUACAUGAGCCGAGGCUGGGUUGGAUUUGACGAUGAAAAGGUUGUUGUAUUACAAGAUCGCAGUCAUGAAGGCCAAGCAUUGGUAGUAUAUGAUUUCACCUAAGGUGGCCAUCUUUCAUAUUUUGCGCAUUUUUUGUCCUUUUUGUUUUUGUAAGUUCUAUACCCUAGGGAUACACGUGGGCGUUUAGAAGGGUUCUAGGACCAGGAUCAUUUAGCCGAAAUACGAAAGGCUGGCAGGCUUCAAAGAACGACAACAUAUUAGGUUGGGAAUGAGUGCAGUGAAUACUACCUAAUUGAUAUAGAUGAUUGGGGUCUGAAUUUUGGUACGAUAAAAUUUCAGUGAUGAAUCCAAUGGGGUGAAUCCAAAAGAAAGAUCAAUAUCAUGUGGUGAAGAGGGAAGAAUGAAGAAUGAAGCUGAAGGCGGCCGCUUUUAUUUGCCAAAUUCCCCACAAAAGAGGUGGAUCCCUCCAUCUCUCUCUCGCGCUGGCUUAUCGAUAAGACAACCUCAC